ACGCAUGCGCAUUUUCGUGUGUCGCCUCCCGCGCACGCGCAGUAAGGACUCCCGGCAACUAUGGCGGGCCCAGCGCCGGGUACAAUUAUGGGAGAAGACUACUUCGGCAAUGCUCCGGAGUGGGGCGAAGAGGCGGACGGCGGCCAGCAGCAAGACGAUGAUUCUGGAGGAGAGGAUGACGCCGAGGUGCAGCAGGAAUGUCUGCACAAGUUUUCCACCCGGGACUACAUCAUGGAGCCCUCCAUCUUCAACACGCUGAAGAGGUAUUUCCAGGCAGGAGGGUCUCCAGAAAAUGUCAUCCAGCUCCUGUCUGAGAACUAUACAGCGGUGGCCCAGACUGUGAACCUGCUGGCUGAGUGGCUCAUUCAGACAGGUGUCGAGCCAGUGCAGGUGCAGGAGACUGUGGAGAACCACCUCAAGAGUUUACUGAUCAAGCAUUUUGACCCUCGGAAGGCAGAUUCUAUCUUCACGGAAGAAGGAGAGACCCCAGCAUGGCUUGAGCAGAUGAUUGCACACACCACGUGGAGAGAUCUGUUUUACAAGCUGGCUGAAGCCCAUCCUGACUGCUUGAUGCUCAACUUCACUGUGAAGCUCAUUUCUGAUGCGGGGUACCAAGGGGAGAUCACCAGCGUGUCCACAGCCUGCCAACAGUUGGAGGUGUUCUCCAGAGUGCUUCGGACCUCUUUAGCCACAAUCUUGGAUGGAGGAGAAGAAAACCUUGAGAAGAAUCUUCCUGAGUUUGCAAAGAUGGUGUGCCAUGGGGAGCACACAUACCUGUUCGCACAGGCCAUGAUGUCCGUGCUGGCCCAGGAGGAGCAGGGUGGCUCUGCAGUACGCAGGGUCGCUCAAGAAGUCCAGCGCUUUGCCCAGGAGAAAGGCCACGAUGCCAGUCAGAUCACGCUGGCCUUGGGCACAGCUGCCUCCUACCCUCGGGCCUGCCAAGCUCUCGGUGCCAUGCUGUCCAGGGGAGCCCUGAAUCCUGCGGACAUCACGGUCUUGUUCAAGAUGUUCACCAGCAUGGACCCUCCUCCCGUGGAACUCAUCCGGGUACCUGCCUUUUUGGACCUGUUCAUGCAGUCACUAUUCAAGCCAGGAGCCAAGAUCAAUCAGGACCACAAGCACAAGUACAUCCACAUCCUGGCUUACGCUGCUAGCGUGGUUGAGACCUGGAAGAAGAACAAACGGGUGAGCAUUGGCAAAGAUGAGCUGAAGUCCACAUCAAAGGCUGUAGAAACCGUCCACAAUCUGUGUUGUAAUGAGAACAAGGGGGCCUCGGAGCUGGUAGCCGAGCUGAGCACACUCUAUCAGUGCAUUAGGUUCCCAGUGGUGGCGAUGGGUGUUCUGAAAUGGGUAGACUGGACUGUGUCAGAGCCGAGAUACUUCCAGCUGCAGACUGAUCACACGCCAGUUCACCUGGCCUUGUUGGAUGAGAUCAGCACCUGCCACCAGCUCCUGCACCCCCAGGUUCUGCAGCUGCUUGUUAAGCUAUUUGAGACCGAACACUCCCAGCUAGACGUGAUGGAGCAGCUCGAGUUAAAAAAGACCCUGCUGGACAGGAUGGUGCACCUGCUGAGCCGUGGCUACGUGCUUCCUGUGGUCAGUUACAUCCGCAAAUGUCUGGAGAAGCUGGACACCGACAUCUCACUGAUUCGUUACUUCGUCACUGAGGUUUUGGAUGUCAUCGCCCCGCCAUAUACCUCAGACUUUGUGCAGCUAUUCCUCCCCAUCUUGGAAAAUGACAGCAUCGCGGGUACCAUCAAAGCCGAGGGCGAGCACGACCCCGUGACCGAGUUCAUUGCCCAUUGCAAGUCUAACUUCAUCGUGGUGAACUGAGAACCUCCAGAACUGAAGCAGAGCCUGCCAGGCCAAGCUCAGGAGGACUGGAGGACUGGAUCAGGAAGCUACUUGUGAAGAGGCUCAGCCAGCCUCCUGGAAGGAAGGUCUGCUGGGAGCGAGCAGGCAGCUUUUCUCAAAAAGCCUGUGUUGGCAGUGCCCAGGAGAAGCUGCUGUGCUUGACGGCCCCCUCUGUUGUCAGUGUGGCCCCUGCACCACAUGUCACAUGCAGGAGUCGGGUGUGUGCACCUCUGGGGAGAAACUCAGUAGGCCUCGGGGUGGUGAGGAUCCAGAGCUGGGAUGCUUCCAUGAGUCACUUUUAGGGCUUAUGUAAGCUUUCUACCAAUGACCCAGGUGGUUGGUUGUUUUAUUGCUUUAAUUUGCCAAGAGUAAUGAUGGGCUGGGUGGCGUGUGUCCUCAUGUGCUAUUCCCAUGUAAAUAAAGUGCACAGACCAAG